AUGUUCUUCUUUCUAGCCUCUAAACCCAUGUGGCAACAAAAAAAGCCACGUGGAGUUACGAAAGAAAUGUCUUCAUCAAGCCAGGUUUUCUCUCCAUUUCGUGCCAUAGGGUUCUGCUGUAAUCAUCUUCCACUGGUGUCAUCGAGCCUAGGGGCAGAAACCUUUGUGGUUACAUCAGUUGGAAGAGCUUUCCACGUUUACACAUGUGACAAGCUACGGUUGGUGUUUGUAGGUACUCAGCAACCUGACCAGUUGCAGUGUCUAGCAAUCCAGGGGAAAAUAGUGUAUGCCUCCUACCAGAAUGUGGUCAAAGCUUUCAAGAGGGGUCAAGAGGUCAACACUUACCUUGGUCACGAGGGGGAGGUCCAGUUCAUUCUACCGUUUGGAGAGCAUCUCAUCUCCAUUGACGACAGCAAUGUGAUGAGAAUCUGGCACAGUGUCAGCAAAGAGUUGUAUGGGGAGAUGCACUUUGACGUUUGCUCCUUCACCAUUUUAAGUGCCCUUCAUCCGAGCACCUACCUCAACAAACUUCUGUUAGGCAGCCAGCAGGGACAGCUGCAGUUGUGGAACAUUCGAACCAGCAAACUGGUGUACACAUUUAAGGGCUGGGGAUCUGCGGUACAAAUAUUGGCACAAUCCCCCGCUGUGGAUGUUGUGGGGGUUGGUCUGGAGAGUGGGGGUAUUGUGAUGCACAACCUCAAGUAUGACCAGACAGUGAUGAGGUUCCAUCAGGAGUGGGGUCCAGUCACUGCAAUGAGCUUCAGAACGGACGGCACCAACACAGUAGCCACUGGUAGCUCUAUUGGGCACAUAGCAGUGUGGGACUUGGACAAGAAGAGACUGUCCACCAUCCUCAGGAACUCACACAAUGGCUCCGUGUCGGGGCUACAGUUCUUGCAGUCCCAGCCGGUAAUGGUCACCUCAGGUCCAGACAACUCGUUGAAGAUGUGGAUAUUUGACCAAUCAGAUGGCAGUGCUCGCCUGUUACGAUCUCGAUGUGGCCAUAGUGCCCCACCCACUAAGAUACGGUUCACUUCCACCGGAGGAGAUGCUGUCAAGAUACUCAGUGGAGGUUUGGACAAUGCCCUCCGAGUGUUUGGAGUGCACAAGGACGUGGCAAUGAACAUGGAGCUGUCACAAGGUUCUCUGUUAAAGAGGUCGAAAGUGAGAGGGGUCAAAGUGGAAACUCUGAAGCUCCCAGCUGUGGCUGAUUUUGCAGCAGAAUCUGUUCGUGCUGAUGAAUGGGAUGGAGUGGUGACGUGUCAUGCUGGUCACGGUUCCAUUCAGACCUGGAACCUAAACAAGUACACCAUUGGCCAGCACACCCUCUCCUCCAAGCAUGCUGACCUGGGAGCCAAACCCAAGGUGAGUGGAAGUUUUAAUGUGACUAUUGAUUUGAUGGCAUAUAGAAAUCCUAGCCAUCAACUUUGCAAUGGAGUCUUAUGCAAUGGACCUAAAAACAGCUGUAACAACAAAUUUCAGUUUUGCUUGCAUUCUCUUAGUACCGAAUCUCCCCCAACUACAUCUGCAUGUGGGAUUGUGUCACGAACAAGUGAUGGUGCUAUUAGAAACGAUCAAUUUUCUUUUUCCUCUGAUGUGCUUGCUGACUUGAAUCUUCUUAACCCCAUCACAUUCGACAAUAUUGUAUCAUCGGUCCCUCUAAUGCUGAGUGUAGAGAUCAUCAAUGUCAGCAGCAACACUGCAGAAAAAUACAAAGAAAUCGAUACUAUUAAUAUUGACUUCCCGAGAACCCUGAUAGUAAAUGCCACCGUUCCUGUUAAAUCGUACUCCAGUACCGACUGUGGCAAAGCUACCAUUGACUUGAAGUAUAGGAUCACUAAUAACUGCCCACAGAAUAUGUUUGGAUUUGAAUGUGGUUCUACCUGCAUACCAAACCCAGACCGGUAUUUUUGUAAUUAUCUUGGUCAGAGGGUUUGUUUAGGAAAUUUCGCAGGCCCAUUUUGUUCAGUAUGCUCACCUUAUUAUUACCCUAUGAAUGAUUGUACAAAGCUGUGCACUUCUCGAGAUGAUACCAGGGGGCAUUAUGAUUGUAAUACCGAUGGUUCACGCACAUGCAAGAAAAACUUUGAUGGUCCUGAUUGUCUUGCCUGUAAGAAAGGUUUUUAUGGUAACGACUGCACGAAAACCUGCAAUCCUUCUUUGGAUAAAUAUACUUGCUCAAGGAAUGGUGAAAUAAUUUGCAAUGGACAUUUUCGGCUUCCUGACUGUGUCGAAUGCCAAAAAAACUACUAUGGACCAACUUGCUCUGUUCAUUGCUCUCCCCGAAAUGGCCAGUAUGACUGUAUUCCUGACCCCCCCUACUUCGUCUGUCUAGGAAAUUAUGCUGGUCCUGAGUGCUCAGAGUGUCGACGAAAUCACUACACACCACUUUCAGGAUGUAUCCACUACUGUAAGGAUGAUGAAACUACCUAUUGCGAUGAAAAUGGAAUAGAAGUUGCAAGAUCUAGUGAGUGUGAUUUUGGACCCUGGCAGUGUGCUGCUUAUGGUGGUGUAUUCUUCAUAAUGCUAGCUGUUAUGGUUUCUUGUUUAUAUUACCUUGGACAAAGUGCGUAGAUUAGAAUUUGGCAAGCCCUAUAUAAUUAUAUAUUUCUAGCUAUAUAUAGAUUAGUAAUAUAGUCAAGAUUUGCAGUUUGUUUUGUUAUUCACAUUAGUAAAACCAGUAAGUUUUACAUAGGAUUGGCAGCAAUAUUUAGUAGCAAUAUUUCACAUAAUUAUUUUGACUCUUAGCUGUUCAAACUGUAUAGUGUGUGAAACUGUAUGUUGUGUGUGUGGUGUAGACCGCUACAGCUGCUCAGUGAUAAAUGAAGUGCAAGUAAUUAAAAUUUUCUAUA